AGCCAUUUUGGCUCAAGCCGUGAGCUUGCAAGCUUUCCGCGAUGGCUCGCGGUUUUGCAAUCGUGGCUUCUCUGCUGCUUCGCCGAUCUGCUUCGUUUGAUGACGACGAGGCGUACAUCGCGUCUGCCUUUCAAGGUGACGCAAAUUUUCUCUGGGGUUCUGCCACCGCUGCCGCCCAGAUUGAAGGAGCCUGGAAUAUCAGUGGCAAGCAAGCAUCGACUUGGGAUGACUUCUGUCACAGCAUUCCGCAUCGUGACACCACUGACCCCGACACUUUCAGCAAGACGUGCGGUAGAAUUCCUGAAGGUCAGAGUGGGUCUAGGUGGGUGACGUUAGAUGUCACGGAUGAUUUCUUUCACACGUACAACGCUGAUAUUGACUUGCUCUCUGUUGAAUAUGGCAUGAACGCGAUGCGUAUGUCUAUGUCCUGGCCUCGCCUGAUGCCUUUAAACAAGUCUUCGGGGAAGCAUGAAGUGAAUCCAGAGGGCGUCCAGUUUUACAAAGACGUUUUCGCGAUGAUGAAAAAGCGUGGCGUUACACCUUUCGUCACUCUCCACCAUUGGGAUGUUCCAAAUGACCUUUCCUGGCUGGAAGAUGACAUUGUGAAUCAUUUUUUGGAUUUUGCAAAAUUGUGCUUCAAUGAGUUCCCUGAGAUCACCAAUUGGGCAACCGUCAACGAGCCCAACUCAAUCUGCUCCGGAGGCUAUGGGGCAGGCGUUUUCGCACCUGGCCACAAGAGCACCACUGAUCAUCUAGUGUGUGGGCACCAUAUCCUACAGGCACAUGCGCGAUCAGUCGAUUACUUCAGGAAAUCUGGCAAGAAGGGCCACAUUGGAAUUGUUCUCGAUUACAAGUGGGCAUAUCCAAAUACAGACAGUGAAGCAGACAAUAGGGCAGCCGCAUACGACCGAGACAAUCUAGUUGGUUUCUGGGCUGAGCCUAUCUUCAAAACCGGUGAUUACCCACAGAGCCUGAAGGACUUUUUCGGUGCAAAGAUGCCUGUCCUCACAGACGAAGAAAAAUAUAUGCUGAAGGGUUCUGCCGACUUCUGGGGCCUCAACACGUACGGUGGCCAUGUUGCCGUAUGGAACGACAAGAAGAUUGAAGACUACGAGCCAGGUGAUAAUGUCGUCGGACGUUACUCAUUCAGCCCUUGCUCUGCUGGGGCAGACCAGACGCACGUCGACGAUCAUGAAUUCGAGUGUGGUGCAGCUUCAGGCUGGCUCUGGGCAAAGCCGGACUCCAUGCGGAAGUAUUUGAAUUGGGUGAAAGACUAUUACGGUGUCGAAAACAUUAUCGUGACUGAGUUUGGAGUCGACGUUGCUAACGAAAGUGACAUGUCCAUGGAUGAGGCACUUGUCGACACCUACCGCCAGGAGUAUUACAAGCGGUAUCUGAAGCAAAUUGCUGUGGCAAAGAAGGAAGACGGUGUUGCCAUCAGAGGAGUUUUCGCAUGGUCGCUCAUGGACAAUUUUGAGUGGGCAGACGGCCUGAAUUUCCGUUUUGGUAUCACGUACGUCGAUUUCAACGAUUUGUCUCGCCAUCCAAAGAUGUCCGCGAAGUGGUGGACCAAGAUGAUAGCCCGUAUGAAGUCUGAACCACCACCGCGACUCUUCUACUACUGAGACGGUCUCUCGCCGUGGCCUUCCAGAUUCAGUCCUUGACCGAAGCGUCCCCGGCCCGAGUUGGCAAGAA